GGCACAUGUUAAUCGCAGAUUCUUCGGCUGACACGAGUAAACUUUGAUGGAGUGCAGGAGUGAGGUGAGAACGUAUAGUGCAGCGUGCCAAGCAGCAGCCCAUCACGAUCAAGGGAUCGAUGAUGAAGGGGACCCUUGUACCAUCUCGUCCCAGAUGGAGCUGGAGGAGGCUUUUCGUAUUUACAGUCGAACCAAGAGGUCUGGACGACUGCUGCAUGUGUUCCCCAGCAUCCCGGAGCGGCCUGGCAUGCCCUGCCCUGGAGAGGACAGUGAGUAAAUCACUUCCAUUUCCUUCGAUACAUCCCCCUCCAAGAGUCCCGUUGACUGUGAGAUCCCAUGCUGUGUA